GCUGCUGUCAAUGAACCGCUCGAAAAAAAGCAACGCGCUUCGCUUCUCUUUUGGAAUUUAUGGUACAGUAACAAGGCUCGCUUUUGUGUUAGCAAGAUAAAUUUUAUCACGAAACUUAAUAAAACGCGUAAACAAUGCGCGUUUAGCGUUUCUAGUCGCGACUAGACGCGUUCAUACGAAUUUGGCAGUAAAACGACGCGGUUUAUGGAUCAAUAUCGCUAUAAUGCGGCCGUAGGGUAGCGUCAUUGCGUCAAGUCAAUGGAGAAUAAAUCCGGCGUGGGAAUACAAGAUCACUGGAUGAAGAGUAUGAUGGAACCAGCUGGCAGCGACAAAAACGACCGGUCAGUGAAACGCGAGAAAAUGGCAGAAUAUAACGGUGAAACUGUGACUUAUGAACUGAAACAGCAGCAGCAGAACGAGCCGAGGUACCGUUGCGAUGUAUGCGACUUGACAUUCGAGGGUAUGGAGUACCUGAACCUCCACAAAAAGUUCCACGGCAACGACAAAGACACGCCUGAAACCAUACUCCCGGACCUGCCGCCCGCAGCUAAAGAGGGCCCCAAAAAGCGGAGGAAAUUCAAAUGCGACCAGUGUGCCGUAAAAGUAAACUCGCAGUAUCAUUUAGACAUACACAGGAGUAAGCACGAAGGCGCCACCUCAAAAAAGUACAUUUGUGAAGUCUGUGACCGUAGUUUUGUAGCAGCCCAGUUCCUGAAGAGUCACAUGCAGACUCACUCUUCAACAAGUACUAUAAACUGCGAGAUAUGCAACAAAAGCUUCACGGGGCAAGCAUAUCUCAAGCUGCACAUGCAAUUACACAAUGAUAUAAAAAAAUUCAAGUGUUCAAAGUGUGAUGAAAUGUUUCCGACUAAGAACUGCCUUAAAAACCAUAUGAAGAAGCACACCAAGGUGAAAAACUUCAAAUGCGAUUAUUGUAAUAAGUUGUUUGUGUCUAAAGUUACGAUGGAGAAACACAAACAAACGCACGAGGGGCAACCGAUUGAUUGUCAAGUAAAGUGUAGUCUAUGUGAGAGGACAAUGCACUCUACAUUGCUAAGGACUCAUGUCGCUCGUGCCCACUCGAACUCUGUUGAAGAUGACGUUAAAAGGCCGCACAAGUGUUCAACGUGCGGAAAGAGUUUUAUUGUUAAGAUAAAUUUGAACUUGCACAUAAGAGUGUGCCAUCCAGACCUUGCGGAGCCUGAAGAUGAGGAUGAUGAAGUGAUGACAGAUAAUUCCUAGUUGUAACUCAUAUACAGCAUGUAUUAUUAUCAAAUAUAAUUACUUUUUUAUGCUAAA